GCUCUGCAAAUGGUGAAGACCGAGGCUCGGAGCCCCCUGGUUGAAAUUGGCUAUAAAUAUAUUGCGCUACCUGGACCUCCGAAAGGGGAAGGCUGUUAGCUACGAUGAUAACCGCCCAUAUGGUUACGGGGGCUUUUUAUUAAGCGGUCAUAUGCGUAUGUCAUCGCUGCCAUUCUGCUGACAGACAACAAAUGCAAAAUUAAAAAGUGAAGCGCUCAAUGGACGCUUCUGUAGCAGUGGCUGGCUAACUAGCUAACUAGCUAUACUGCCUUUUUAUUUUUCACAUGAGGUGAAAAAGUAGGCCGAAUCGGGUUUCACUACUCCUGCCGCGUUCAUUUUUAUAUCUAACACUGGGAGGUUUUUAAGAGUGAAAAUGACGACCAGUAGUCCCGAAGCGGUGAAGAAAUUGCUUGAUAAUAUGCAGACGGAUUUGCGGUCGCUGUCAAUGGAAUGCAAGAAGAAAUUCCCACCAGUCAAAGAGGCGGCAGAGUCCGGGAUUGUGAAGAUCAAGACCAUCGCUGCGAGGAACACGGACAUCCUGGCAGCUCUGAAGGAGCACAGCUCAGAGGUGGUGCAGCCUUUCCUAAUGGGCUGUGGCACCAAGGAGCCUAAGAUCACCCAGCUGUGCCUGGCUGCCAUCCAGAGACUCAUGUCCCACCAAGUGGUGUCUGAGGCUGCUGCAGGCAGUAUCAUCACCAUGCUGUGGCAGCUGAUGGAGAACGGGGUGGAGGAGCUGAAGCUGUUACAGACGGUCCUGGUGCUGCUCACCACCAACACUGUGGUACAUGACCAGGUGCUAUCUAAGGCCAUUGUGCUGUGCUUCCGCCUGCAUUUCACCAAGGACAACAUCACCAACAACACGGCGGCGGCCACCGUCAGGCAGGUGGUGACCGUGGUGUUCGAGAGGAUGGUCGCCGAGGACGAGCAGCACAAAGGUAUAGCAGAGCAGCCGCCGGUUCCGGGCAACAGCAACCGCCGGUCUGUCAGCACCCUGCGGCCCAGUGCCAAAGACGCCUACAUGCUGUUCCAGGACCUGUGCCAGCUGGUGAACGCGGACGCCCCCUACUGGCUGGUGGCCAUGACGGAGAUGACGCGCACGUUCGGGCUCGAGCUCCUGGAGUCGGUGUUGAACGACUUCCCUGGAGUGUUUCUGCAGCACCAGGAGUUCAGCUUCCUGCUGAAGGAGAGGGUCUGCCCGCUGGUCAUCAAGCUCUUCUCCCCCAACAUCAAGUUCCGGCAGGGCCUGGCUGCCCCCUCCCCCGCCCCCGUGGAGAAGCCCUACUUCCCCAUCUGCAUGAGGCUGCUCAGGGUGGUGACGGUCCUCAUCAAGCACUUCUACAGCCUGCUGGUGACGGAGUGUGAGAUCUUCCUGUCGCUCCUGGUGAAGUUCCUGGACGGGGAGAAGCCGCAGUGGCUACGUGCGGUGGCGGUGGAGUCCAUCCACCGGCUCUGUGUGCAGCCCCACCUGCUACGGUCGUUCUGCCAGUCCUACGACAUGAAGCCGCACUCCACCAAGGUGUUCAGGGACAUCGUCAACGCCCUGGGCUCCUUCAUCCAGUCCCUGUUCAUCGUGCCCAACGCGGGCACCUCCGCCAUCGCCAACAUGCCCUCUGGAGGGUCUGGUUCCGGGGGCCAGGCGGCGGCUCAGAGCGGCCCCGGGGCGGUGGGGGGCAGCGGGGGUCUGACCACACAGGCUGCCUUUGAGUACCGCGGCAUCUGGAUCCCCCUGAUGACGGUCAGCGUGCAGGGCAGCGCCAAGGCCACCUACCUGGAGAUGCUGGACAAGGUGGAGCCGCCCUCCAUCCCCGAGGGCUAUGCCAUGUCUGUGGCCUUCAGCGCCCUGCUGGACCUGGUGCGGGGCAUCACCGCGCUCAUGGAGAAGGAGCUGGCCCAGGACAAGGGCCCCCCGAACCCGGAGCCCGCCCAGGGGCCCGACCAGGGGCCGGCGGACCACACCCAGGAGCCAGGGCCCCAGCAGGUUUGGGAGGAGAUGAUCAGCGCCUGUUGGUGUGGGCUCCUGGCUGCUCUCUCCCUCCUGCUGGACGCCAGCACGGACGAACCGGCCACGGAGAGCAUCCUGAAGGCAGAGCUCACCAUGGCGUCUCUGUGCGGCAGGCUGGGCCUGGUCACGCCCCGCGACGCCUUCAUCACCGCCAUCUGCAAGGCCUCGCUCCCCCCGCACUACGCCCUGACUGUGCUCAGCAGCUCCAUGGCCAACCUCUCCAACAAGUCGUACUCCAUCCAGGGCCAGAGUGUGCAGAUCAUCAGCCCCUCCAGCGACUCCCACCAACAGGUGGUGGCAGUGGGGCAGCCUCUGACCGCCCAGCCCCAGGGCACCGUGGUGCUCACAGCGAAGAACAUCCAGUGCAUGUGUACUCUGCUGAGCCUGGCUCACUGUCACGGCGCGGUGCUGGGGACCUCCUGGCAGCUGGUGCUGGCCACUCUGCAGCACCUGGUGUGGAUUUUGGGGCUGAAGCCGGGGACGGGUGGGGCUCUGAAGCCGGGCCGGGCGGCGGAGGGGCCCAGCACGGUGCUGACCACAGCGGUGAUGACCGACCUGCCCGUCAUCUCCAACAUCCUCUCCAGGCUGUUCGAGAGCUCCCAGUACCUGGAUGAUGUGUCCUUGCAUCACCUGAUCAACGCUCUCUGCCACCUGUCGAUGGAAGCCAUGGAGAUGGCCUAUGGGAAUAAUAAGGAGCCCUCUCUGUUUGCGGUCGCUAAGCUUCUCGAGACCGGUCUGGUCAACAUGGACCGCAUCGAGAUUCUGUGGAGGCCGUUGACGGGUCACUUGCUUGAGGUCUGUCAGCACCCCAACGCUCGGAUGAGGGAGUGGGGGGCAGAGGCGGUGACCACGCUGAUCAAAGCAGGCCUGGCGUUUAAACACGACCCCCCGCUGUCCCACAACCCGAGGCUGCAGCUGUUGCUGCUGAACCCGCUGAAGGAGCUCUCUAACAUCCUGCACCCGGACAUCCGGCAGAAGCAGCUGGAGAGCGUGCUGCAGAUCCUGCAGAGCCAGGGGGACAGGCUGGGGCCCGGCUGGCCCCUGGUGCUGGGCGUCAUUGGAGCCAUCCGCAACGACCAGGGGGAGUCCCUGAUCCGCACAGCCUUCCAGUGCCUGCAGCUGGUGGUGACGGAUUUCCUUCCCACAAUGCCCUGCACGUGCCUGCAGAUCGUGGUGGACGUGGCCGGCAGCUUCGGACUGCAGAACCAGGAGCUCAACAUCAGCCUGACCUCCAUCGGCCUUCUGUGGAACAUCUCGGACUACUUCUACCAGCGGGGCGAUACCAUCGAGCAGGAGCUGAACAGGGAGGAGGCGGCGCUGGAGAAGCAGGCGCGGGAGAAGGGCGUGGCCCUGCACCGGCCCUUCCACCCGGCCCCGCCCUUCGACUGCCUGUGGCUGUGUCUGUACGCCAAGCUGGGCGAGCUGUGCGUGGACGUGCGGCCCGCCGUGCGCAAGAGCGCCGGCCAGACCCUCUUCUCCACCAUCAGCGCCCACGGCACCCUGCUGCAGCCCGCCACCUGGCACACCGUCGUCUGGAAGGUGCUGUUCCACCUGCUGGGCUGCGUGAGGGACUCCUCCAGCACGGCGGAUAAGGAGAAGAUCGAGUCGGGCGGCGGGAACAUCCUGAUCCACCACUCGCGCGACACGGCCGAGAAGCAGUGGGCGGAGACCUGGGUCCUCACGCUGGCGGGCGUGGCCCGGAUCUUCAACACCCGCAGAUACCUGCUGCAGUCACUCGGGGAUUUCUUCAAGGCCUGGGAGGUCCUCCUGGACCACAUCCAGUCGGCGGCGCUCAGCAAGAACAACGAGGUGUCCCUGGCGGCGCUCAAGAGCUUCCAGGAGAUCCUGCAGAUCGUCACGCCGGCCCGGGAGGCCGAGCGCUCCCCCGACGGCCUGGCCUCGCUGGGCGUGCCCCCGCUGGACGACCCGGGGCAGGUGUGCCGGCCGCCGCCGCGCUCCGAUUCGCCGGGCCGCUACGAGGGGGCGGAGCCGGCGCCGCCCGCGGACGAGCUGGAGGACUCGGCGCUGUGGUGGGCGGCGUGGAACACGUGGUACCGGACCGGGACCAGCUGCACCCGGCCGCCGGCGCCGGGCGACGGGCCCGCCUUCCUGCCCAGCCAGCCCUUCCUGUCGGCGCUGGUGCAGAUCUUCCCGGCGCUCUACCAGCACGUCAAGCCCAGCUUCAGCAUGGACGACCUGCGCAAGCUGGGCGCCAUCCUGCAGGGGGCGGUGUCCGUGCCCAUCAGCUCCGACGCCUCGCCCUUCAUCCUGCCCUCCUACACCGAGGCCGUGCUCACCAGCCUGCAGGAGGCCGUGCUCACCGCCCUGGACGUGCUGCAGAAGGCUAUAUGCGUGGGCCCGGAAAACAUGCAGGUCAUGUACCCCGCCAUCUUCGACCAGCUGCUUCUGUUCGUGGAGUUCUCCUGCAAGCCCCCGCAGUUCGGGAAGGUGGAGACCAAACACGUCACCAAUGCCAAGUACAGCCAGAUCCAACUAUUUGCACCGGCGGAGUGGGUGGCGUUAAACUACGUGCCGUUUGCGGAGCGGUCUCUGGAGGUGGUGGUGGACCUGUACCAGAAGACGGCCUGCCACAAGGCUGUGAUCGCCGAGAGCGUUCUCCAGAACAUCAUUAAGGCCCUCCGGGUGCCGCUGGGGCUGAAGUACGGCUGCCCGGCGGAGAGCACGUGGAAGCUGGCCGUGUCCUCCCUGCUGCGGGUGCUCUCCGUGGGGCUCCCCGUCGCCCGGCAACACGCCGCCUCCGGGAAGUUCGACGCCAUGUGGCCAGAGCUGGCCGGCGCCUUCGAGGACUUCCUGUUCCCCAAAAGCGCACCUCCCGAUAACCUGUCCAUUCAGGAGUUCCAGAAUACCGAAAGCAUAGACGUGGAGGUGGUGCGGCUGAUCAGCAGCGAGAUCCUGCCGUUCGCCAGCUUCAUCCCCAAAGACUUUGUGGGCCGGAUCAUGACCAUGCUCAACAGAGGCUCCAUCCACUCCCAGUCCUCCUCCUUCACAGAGGCGGAGCUGGAGGUGCGCAUGCGUGAGGAGUUCUCCAAGGUGUGCUUCGAGACGCUGCUGCAGUUCUCCUUCAGCCACAAGGCCCCCACGCCGCAGGAGGGCUACAUCUCCCGCAUGGCGCUGUCCGUGCUGCUGAAGAGGUCCCAGGACGUCCUGCUGCGCUACGCUGAGAACGAGAGGCUGAGCGGACGCUGCCCGCUGCCCAGGCAACAGGUGACAGAGAUCAUCUUCGUGCUGAAAGCCAUCAGCACUCUAAUGGAUUCCCUCAGGAAGACCCAGCCUGAAAACGUGGACGGGAACACCUGGGCGCAGGUGAUCGCCCUGUACCCCACCCUGGUGGAGUGCAUAACCUGCUCGUCCUCCGAGGUCAGCCACGCCCUGAAAGAGGCCCUGGGCCCCUUCAAGGACUUCAUGCAGCCCCCGGUGGCGAAGGUGCUCAACGGGGAGUCGUGACCGCGCGACCGCGCGUUUCCCCCGGCGACGAGGCCGGGACAGAGACACUACCGCGCGCGGACUCUUUCCACGGGCGCGGGGCCAACCGACGGACUGUUACCCGGGGCAACUAUGAAUUCGCCCCUUGACGACGACCGGGGCCUCACUGCCGUCGUGGUGAACUUUCUCGUGCUUGUGGGGCAAUCCGGUCUCACUCGCUGGACUUUCACAUCAACUUACUAAAGUUUAAAAAAAAAAUAACUAAACAAAACAAAACAAAAAAAAACAAGCAGUGUUCUCUCCAUUUAAUUUUUGUUUUUGGGGGGUAAAUUUAGUGUGCGAUGAGAUGUUCACGAUGACACUAAGGGUUAAAGGGUUCGGUUGCUAUUGCUCGAAAGAAAACAAAAGGGCAAAAAAAAGAAACCCCAACAAUGAAGAAAAAGGUGUUUUUCAUCAGUAACAUUUUUCAAGAUCUUACUGUAACACUCCAUUUUAUCAUCAGCCAGCCCAAGAGAGGAUGUACUUGUGAAUGUGUGUGUAAAAUAAAUGGUACAGUUUUAAAAAAAACUUUAA